AUGGAGGCGUUCGCGAGUACGCCACGUCCAGCACCGGUGGCCAUGCGAUCGAGCCCACGCCUUCGUUCGGCUGGUCUUAAGAAGCCAGCGAAGGCGCCGACGGUGGCUGAUCCGAGACGUGCAUCGACGACAACGGCGAUGAGUGGUGCAUCUGACGCCGACAAGCCGUCGGGCCCUCGUUCGCGGGACCAAGAGGGCGCUCGCACGCGCGACCAGCAGAAAGCACAGCGCUACCCGAAACUUGCUAACUCCUCCAACAGGCUAGGAGGGGGAAACCUGGCCGACUUCCGCGACACAGUCGGCCUCAAGCGUGCGUACGAGGAGGACGAGGAGCUGAUCGAAGCCGGCUACGCGAAGGCAAAGCGUUCCCGGGCUGCCAAAGCGACAGCGGCGCUGAAGAAACGGCUGAGCGACCUCGAGAGCUCAGCCAGCACGAUGGGGGGCAACAUCUUCGAGAUGAUGCUGAUGAUGCGCGAGGAGAACGAACGCAAGGCCGAGGCCCGACGCAUGGAGGAAGAGCAGCGCCGCCGAGACGAGCUUGCCGCUCGUGAGGCGCGUUACCUCGCGGACAAAGCGGAAGCGGUGGAGCGGCGGCGCCAGGAGAAGGUCGAGAUCGAGGAGCGUGCGCGUCGCGAUAAAGAGGAGGCCCGUGCCCGCACCCAGGAGCUGAUGCUGCUGAUCGGCGCGCUGACGAAGAGGACUGAUCCACGCGCAGAUGCAGAGGGUGCAGAGAAGUCAAAAGCAAGAGGGGUAGUUCAUUUGUAG